AUGGACACCAGUGAUAAUGAUACUGAUGCUGAUWAUAAUAAUACCGGUGCUCGCAAACAUGGACUCAGYCUGUUUACAGCUGUAGUUUUUAUUGCUGGUGAAUUGGCCGGAAGCGGUAUACUGGCCUACCCGAAUGGCAUGUCCAACACUGGUUGGUACGGUAUGAUUAUAYUAYUGUGCAACGGUAUGUUUGCCUGUCUAUCCGGUGUAUGUUUGGCCCAAUGUUGGAAUAUACUGGAGGAACGUUACCCGGAGUAUAGAUCGCCACAGAGAAAUCCAUUUCCGCUGAUCGGCUACCGGGCCAAUGGUAAAUGGAUGAGUUACGUGUGUUCAGCUGUAAUGGACAUUACGUUUUUUGGUGCACCUGUAGUUUUUCUGUUAAUAUGCUCGGAACAAAUGGAAUCUCUUACACAAACCUACUUAAGACAUGUGACUUUUUGCGAUUGGAUACUCAUAUUAGGUGUUGCUUUGCUGCCGUUUACACUAUUCGGUUCGCCGGCCGAUGUUUGGCCAGUGGCCGUUGCGGCAAUCGGUACCACUGUAUUGGGACUUAUAUUUCUGAUGGUCAACAUUGGUUUGGACGCGACCACCGCCAAUGAGACAGCCAAGACGGUCGUACACGACUCUCCUAAUGUUAAGAGUUUUUUCUUGGGUUUCGGUAUCAUUACAUUUGGUUUCGGCGGUGCCGCCGCUUUUCCCGGCAUUCAGACCGACAUGAAAGACAAGUCUCAGUUCCCGAAGGCUGUCGUCAUUGCAUUUUGUGUUGUCAUGUUUUUGUUUUACAUACCGGUCAGUGUUGCCGGUUAUACUGUAUACGGCACCGGUGUCAGUGCCAACAUAUURAACUCACUGUCCAACGGUUGGAUCAAAACAACGGCUACCGUAUUCUUUACUGUACACCUGUUGAUGGCCAUUGUUAUGCUAUUGAAUCCGGUGGCCCAGGAGUUUGAAAAUUGUCUGAAUAUACCGAAACAUUUUACAUACAAACGAAUAAUCACUCGAUCAGUCCUAAUGGCGGCCGUCAUGUUUACGGCCCUAUCGGUACCCAAAUUCGGCAAAAUAUUGGAYCUGUUGGGCGCCUCAACUAUAACGUUGAUGGCAUUGAUUUUGCCGCCGGUUUUYUACUUGAGUCUUCUACGACAACAGGACGACAACCCGAUUUGGCCUAAAAGACAAAUAGACAUAAAACUCAAGAUAAUUAUGUUGAUACCUAUUGCCAUUGGACUGGUAGCCGGUAUAGCCAGUACCUAUUUUGCACUGUACGAGUUGGUCAAUCCCGAUGCCUUUACCUAUCCGUGCUAUUUACAAUGUCAUGCAUUUUAUAAAUAA